UGUGCGCGGGCUCGCGGCGGCCAUGACGCAGGCGGAGAAGGGUGAGGUGGAGAACGGGCGGGAUCGGGAGCGCGACAAGGAGCGCGAACAGCGCGGGGCGAAACGGCCCAUCGUGCCCGCCGCAGUUCCCGAGUCCCUGCAGGAGCAAAUACAAAGCAACUUCAUUGUUGUGAUCCACCCUGGGUCCACCACGCUGAGGCUAGGAAGAGCCACCGACACACUGCCUGUGAGCGUUCCCCACCUCAUUGCGAGAAGACACAAGCAGCAAGGACAAGCCACGUACAGGGAUAGCUGGCUCCUCAGAGAUGGGCUUAAUAAACCUGAAAGCACUGAGCAAAGACAAAAUGGCCUUAAAAUGGUGGACCAAGCAAUAUGGUCUAAAAAGAUGUCCAAUGGGGCAAGGCGUAUACCAGUGUCACCUGAUCAGGCCCGAUCAUACAACAGACAGAUGCGGCCAGCUAUUUUAGAUCACAGCUCUGGGACCAAAUGGACAAAUACAUCUCAUCAUCCUGAGUAUUUGGUUGGAGAAGAGGCACUGUAUGUAAAUCCAUUAGACUGCUAUAAUAUUCACUGGCCUAUCCGACGAGGACAGUUGAACAUCCACCCAGGGCCUGGAGGCUCCCUAACUGCAGUGCUAGCAGAUCUUGAAGUUAUAUGGUCUCAUGCAAUACAAAAAUAUUUAGAAAUACCACUGAAAGAUUUAAAGUAUUACAGAUGCAUUUUACUGAUUCCAGACAUCUAUAAUAAGCAGCAUGUGAAGGAGUUGGUAAAUAUGAUCCUAAUGAAGAUGGGCUUUUCAGGUAUUGUCGUACAUCAGGAGUCUGUCUGUGCUACUUUUGGAAGUGGCUUAGGUAGUGCAUGUAUAGUGGAUGUGGGCGAUCAGAAGACCAGUGUUUGUUGUGUGGAGGAUGGAGUUUCACAUCGCAAUACCCGGUUGUGCCUUGCAUAUGGAGGGUCUGAUGUAUCAAGGUGUUUUUACUGGCUUAUGCAGCGAGCUGGAUUUCCUUACAGAGAUUGUCAGUUAACUAACAAAUUGGACUGCCUUCUCCUGCAGCACCUCAAAGAGACAUUUUGUCAUUUAGACCAGGAUAUUUCUGGACUGCAAGACCAUGAGUUCCAAAUUCGCCAUCCGGACUCUCCAGCCUUAUUAUACCAGUUCCGUUUAGGGGAUGAAAAACUACAGGCUCCAAUGGCUUUGUUUUAUCCAGCAACUUUUGGAAUUGUGGGGCAAAAAAUGACAGCUUUGCAACACCGAUCACAAGGUGAUGCUGAGGAUCCCCAUGAUGAACACUAUCUAUUAGCUACGCAAAGUAAACAGGAGCAGUCUGCCAAAGCUACAGCUGAUCGAAAGUCCAUGUCUAAGCCUGGUGGAUUUGAGGGAGAUCUACGUGGUCAGUCCUCAGACAUUUCAGAGAGGAUCUAUCCUCAAGAAGUGGAACUAGGAUCCUCUCAGGGUGAUUGUCUAAUAACAGGAAAUGAGUCUGAGGAACCUCUAGCAGCACACAUGUCCAGGAAGACAGCUAUAUCGCAGUUUGAAGGGAAAGCAUUAGGACUUGACAAAGCCAUUCUUCACAGUAUUGACUGCUGUGCAUCUGAUGAUACCAAGAAGAAGAUGUACAGUUCCAUCCUAGUAGUGGGAGGAGGUCUGAUGUUUCAUAAAGCUCAAGAAUUUCUUCAACACCGGAUUCUCAACAAAAUGCCUCCUUCGUUUAGAAGAGUUGUUGAAAAUGUGGAAGUCAUUACAAGACCUAAGGAUAUGGAUCCAUGUUUGAUUGCAUGGAAAGGGGGUGCAGUUUUGGCCUGCCUUGAUACAACUCAAGAACUCUGGAUAUAUCAGCGAGAAUGGCAGCGAUUUGGUGUACGGAUGUUACGUGAGAGAGCUGCCUUUGUGUGGUGAUCUAACAAGAUAACUGACUCGUACUUUUCCAAAAUGUCAUAUUGUUCAGUGUAAGGUACUUCCCUUACUUAUAGCUUAUUUGUUUUUUUCUUUUUGUAAUGUGUUAAAGUUCGUGCCCGAGACUUUUCAGAAGGGCCUGAGAGGAGCCAAAAUCUUCCUGAGCAAGUCGGAAUUAGAUACCCAUCAUGCGUAGGUACUUUUUGAAAACCACAGCAUUAGACUUUAUAUGCAUUGAACUCCGUACAGACUGCUCGUUUUAUCUGAAUAAUAUACAUUCAAAUAACAUAGGUUGCCUUGUAUAUUACAAGUCAAAAUUAAAGCCGUACACUGUUGUAACCCUAUACAUAAAAUAUUAGUGUCUUAUGUACAUAUAUGUAUCUGUAAAGAGCAUUGUAUUUUGACUUGAAUUUAGAAGCAGUAACAUUGAGAUUUUUAAAGGAGAAAGUAAGUUGUGCAUUUUAAUAGAACUAUUUAAAAUGUAGUAGAUAAUUAUCCACCUUUUUAAGGUUUAUUAAAGAUCAAAACUCUGAGUAAUAGUAAUGCAAGUACCAUGGAAUAUUUUAGUGUUUUAGGAAGAAAGUAAAUGUCUUAACACCGAUUUUAUUUCUUUCUGUAUGAUCUUCCUCA